AUGGAGAAAAAACCGAAAAACAACCAGAAUAAGAACCAAAAAGAUGGAGGAGAAAAGGGGGGAAGGGAGGAUAGGAGGAAAGGAGGAGCGAGGAGGCAAGGGAGGGGGGGGAGAGGGUCGGUGACCACUUCUCCCCUGGCGGCGCUAGAAGAGAGGGGGGCUAGGGUUCAGGAAGCAGAGAGAGAGACUCGGGAGAGAAAGAAGGGCUCUGCUCUCGAGAGAGUUUGGGUUUGGUUGGUUCAAUGGAAUACCACAGGAGAAUGGUAG